AUGCCGAAAGCGCUACUAUCCACUCCGACUUUCAAUCUACCCGAGGACCUUCUUGAAUGUCUCUACCAUCUGGAGCCAGCCGAUUCCAGCAAAGCGUUCGCGCUUUUCGACACGCAGAAAAACCCUCCAAAUCCUGGGCUUUGUCUCAAAAAUGGCGGACUAAUUGGCCUCCCCCUUUCAGAUGGAGACGCCGAAGUUUUCAGAACAGCUAGCCAUCCGUUACCCCUCAACAAAGACCCCGAAGCAUUCGUGGGCCAGACAACAUGGGUGCUACCAGCUGGCGGGUUUGAGAUUCAGAACCCCGCAUGGGAACCGUUCCUCCGGGAUCUAGUAACAAAAGUAUCUGCUGGGCUAGGAGUGGAUUCGACUGGAAAAGGAGUUUCAGCAGAGUUGCUCAACCUCUCACUUUAUAACGAGGGUCCUUUAUCCAUGCCCGGCCGAGAAUGCGGCAAGCGGCCUUCGAAUCCUCGAAUGUUUGGCACACUUGCCAUUACUCUGCCCUCCAGGUAUGAGGGGGGUGACGUCUGUAUUUCUCGUGGAGGCAGACAAGUGUUCGCAACAUCGCAGUCUUCUGCGUUUGAUAUAUUAUACAUUGCGUGGUUCCACGAUGUCACCCGCGAAGUCAGACCUGUUUUAGCAGGGCGACGUCUAGUCCUCACGUACAAUCUUGUCCAUUCCACAUUGGGUCCUGAUGUAUUAGCGGCAGGUUCAAAUAAGUCGGUGGCGAAGCUCGACUUGCUGUUUUCUUACUGGAAAGAAAAUGUCGAGGAAGAGACUUCUUUACUUGCUUACCUACUCAACGACGAGUUGGAUGACGACAAACUUUCAUACAACGGACUCGAAGGACAAGACCUGCGAACUGUUACGCAUCUGCGCCAGGCUAGUGAGAAAUACGACUUCUGUAUAUACCUUGCGAGCCUGAAAAGGUCAAUUCAGCUCAACGACGAAGAUGACGAUGACAGAUUCCACGAGAGGGAAAUAGACCAAUCUGGAGCCAAAUCGACGCUCGAGCGGGUCGUUGAGCUGGACGGGACCGAGCUUGCGAAAGGCAUGUACUUUGAAGACGAGAUUCUUAUCCAAGAAGAGCCAUUCGAAGGUGUCGAGCCUGACGACGAGGAAUCCUCCGACACUACUGGUAGCAGUGUCGUGUACCAACGGACAGUACGAGUAUAA